AUGGAGCUUUCCGACGCCUUCCGUAUCGUCAACUUGGCUACCGCGACCAUCAUGGUCCUGGGCGGCAUUGCCCAAUUCUUCAACUUCAACUUCCAGGGUAUCAUUGUUGGUGCCUACGUGAUCAUCUUCGGUCUCUUCUACAUUUUCAUCGGUUCCAUCCUCCUCUCCGACGGCGUUUUCAAGAUCAUUGCCGGCUCUAUUGUCGGCCUUAUUGGCGUCGCCUACGUCGUCCUCGAGUUUGUUCCCCAGAUCGAGCCGCCAGCCAACAUGCGCGAGGCCGACGGCGGCUGGGGCGCAGAGCAGGUGUAA